AUGGAAAACAAUAAUCGCACCCAACAAACACGAAGCCAUCGGCUAAACGCAAAUGAUUUUUACUUUGGCAAGAUGCUAGGCGAAGGAAGCUUCAGCUUCGUCUAUCUGGCCAAAGAAAUUCGCACAUCAAAGAAAUAUGCAAUUAAAGUGUGCGAGAAAAGGUUGAUCAUUCGCGAAAAAAAACAAGAGUACGUGAAACGGGAGCGUGAGGUGCUGAAUCGGCUAACAGGGAAGCCUGGCUUUCUGGGACUGUACUGCACGUUUCAGGACCGAUCGAAGCUGUAUUUUGUCAUUACCUACGCUUGUAACGGGACACUGCUUACCUUGCUGUCACGUCCCUCCUUCACGGUAGAUUGCGCGCGGUUUUAUGCGGCAGAGAUACUGCUGGCACUAGAAACGAUGCAUAAUAUGGGUAUUCUGCAUCGGGACAUCAAACCUGAGAACAUCCUGCUCGACGAGCACAUGCACGUGCUGAUUGCUGAUUUCGGUUCGUCUAAGCUGGAUUACCACGAGGAUCCUUUGCAGUUGGACGAGAGCGACGAGGAAAAGAACGAAUCGCCUCCCUCACCCACGAUGUCUACGGCACGAAAACACGCCAAACGGGUACUGGGAACUGAUUUCGAAGACGACGAUGACGACGACUCGGAUGAUACGGAAGAUAUACAGCCCACCGAGCGAACGAAGCGACCCAGCUUCGUCGGUACGGCGCAGUAUGUGUCUCCAGAAAUUCUUACCGGGACGCCGUCCUCUCCUGCCUCGGAUCUGUGGUCAUACGGCUGCACGCUGUAUCAAAUGAUUAGCGGGGUUUCACCGUUCCGGGCUCCCUCUGAAUAUAUCAUCUUCAAGAUGAUUCUUCGCUGUCACGUCAACUACGCCGACAGUUUCGAUCCCCAUGCCAAGGACCUUGUGGCACGCCUGCUGCAGAUCAAGCAACACAAGCGACUUGGAGCGCGUGAUAACCCUCGCUACAGCUCGAUACGAGAGCACGCUUUUUUCCAGGGCAUCGACUUUCAGCACCUGCGAAACAUGCCAGCUCCACAAGCACCCACCUCGGAGUCAGUAUUAAACAGUGACGCUUGCUCGUUGAACAGCGUCUAUUUUCCAGAAGGCAUGCAGCCUGGGCUGGACGAUCGACAGAUCACGCGACUACUAGAUUUUAAGCUGGCCGAACUGAAAGAGAGCGAAGAUGACGGUGAUGUUGGGCCGAGGGAAGGCGGUACAGAAGAUUGCCGAUCCGAACCUGGAGACCUGGACGAAGGCGAGAGCAAUCGUGGUGGCGGGAAUCGCGUGUUUAGUUUGACACGUGGAGGGUUUUCCUCACUUUUUAAAUCGAACGAUGAUGCCACCAGGAACGAUCCCGGGCCAGUCACUUUAUGGCAGCCGUUCGCCGAAGGACAGGAGAUACUGAAGUAUGGAUUCAUCAGCAAGCGGAAGGGCUUGUUUGCCAGACGACGCAUGUUUUUGCUUACGACCGGACCGAAGCUGAUCUACAUUGAUCCUGUGAACAUGGUGAAGAAGGGCGAAAUACCAUGGUCUGCUAAGCUGUCGGUUGAGGCCAAAAACUUCAAAACCUUUUACGUGAAUACGCCGACCCGAAUCUACUACCUGGAAGAUCCCGAAGGAUUUGCGCUCAAGUGGUGCGACACCAUUAAUGACGUCCAUCGGAAGGCUUUCCUGAACAGUGAAAAUAACGAAGGCUCUGCUGUUUCCGGCGAAUAAAGUGUGUGAGUGUGUGUGUAUGUACUAUGGUAGUCCUGUUCUCAGCACUCUUGGUGCGGGCGAAAGUCUGCCGUCAUGUAAAUUAUACGGUAGGAUAGGAGUUGAAUACAGUUAGGCAAGUAAUUAAUCAAUAAAUAAAUUAAAAAAGAACCGCACGUAAGCAUCCGUACUCCAUUAAACUCGGUGCACAAUGUCAUUUCUCAUUUAUUUGAAACAUUGGCGUUUCAUUGGCAGUUGAAUUAGUG